UUUCGAAACUAAGUUUCCUAUCCCAUCUCUUUUCUAUUGAUGAUAGUGUAAGAAAGAUAUCAGAACUUAACAUCUAUCAUUGAGCUUGCCAUGGCUAUCUUGUUCAUCUAUUUAUGACAAUAGUGGGCUAAGGUUUUUCCCAUAUUCUGUGUGUAUGCUAUUUGUUCAUCUAUUUGAAAGAAUUGAAGACAAGGUUUACCUUGAAGUCUGGUAGAGUAAUGAAUGAAGGCCCUCUUACUUUUCGGCUGUUGAAGUAUUACAUGAACUGAAACUUUUAUUUCUGGUAGCAGGUAGAUCAAUUUACUUCCCUGGUGAAUAAGGAAUGAGUGUAGAGGGUGGUUGGCUGAAGACUUGAGUUACCUACGAAAUGGUACAAUGUUGGGUGGCUGAUUUGAGCCCUUUGUGUACUAUGGUAUGGCUGGAGUAUGGGGUAGCUCAGCUGGUGUCUGGUGAGGCAGAGCUACCGUGAAGAAUAUAUGCAGCGAGGCAGACAAAAUAAUUCAGAUUGGUAAUUUGAAGCACCUCUUUCAAAUGCUAAUUAGUGUUUCUGAUUUUGCUGCAGGUUAUUUCGGAGAAGAACAGGAAAGAGAUCUCCAAGUACAGGCUAUUUUGGACAGGCAAAGCUAUAGUGGUUAUGGAAACGAGUGGUGCUGGAAAAUAUGGAUGGUAGCUCAGAUUAUGAAAGAGUUUUUAAGGAAAUAGAGGAGCACAGGAUUUGCAUACGCAAAGCGCUGCUUUAUGAAUCAUUUGCUUUGUUUCUGGAAGCAAAAGGCAGACUGAUAGAUGCUUGUAUGAUUUAUCAUCUUGGCAUCUCAAGAAAUGCUGAGCCACUGGGGAGACUAAAAAAAGCUCAGGUUCUAUUUCUCGAGAGAAUGUCUGAAAGAGUAACUAAUGGAUCAUUUCAAAAGAUGAAAAAUGACAUUUCUGUAGAGGACGGAGAGAAUUUUAUUAAUCCAUGGUCUGUCUCAACCCUCAAAAAUCUACUGCAAAAGAUGAAUUCUAAAGUUGUGGAAUAUGAGGAUGCCAUGAACUGUAAUGUGGUUACAGGUGGAUCUAUGGACGAAGUAUUAUGUAUCUAUUACACCAUUGAGAUGCUUCAAAUCCUAGAGACUCUGCAUGGUGCUGCAAUGAUCCAUGGCGACUUCAAACCCGAUAAUUUGCUCAUACGAUAUUCUAGGUUGACAGCAUACUUGGCGCCCGUGGCGAUGCUUUUGAGCAUGAGGCAACUAGAAGAAUGCGUAAUGAAUUUAUGGUAGCUUGGGAUGGCUUGAGGUCAAAAGACAACCGGAGAAUCAUAGCAGGUUGAUUAACUAGUUCUUGAGGACUUGGUGCUAGAAACAUUGUAUGAUAGAUUUUUGUUUUAGCUAUAAGGUAGUUGGUAUUUUCAAUUUUGAAUCGGAAUAUGCAAUGAUGAUGUAUACUUGAUAUUUGGUUCAUUUGUAUAAUAAUGUAUGAAUAUUUUGGAUGAUAUAUAAUAUU